CAUAUCUUCCAGAGGAAAAUGGAGGCUGGUCAUGUCGUGGUUCUCUUCCUCCUGGGAAUCUCCAGCUUCGUGGCUCCAGUGAGGCACUCUCUGAAGUAUCUGUCCACUUCAUACACGGAAGUACCAAACCUACCAGAGUUUGUGGCUGCUUAUGAGGUUGAUGGCGUCCAGAUCAUUCACUAUGACAGCAACACGACGAGAGCAGUGCCCACACAAGACUGGAUGAACGACAUCGUAGACGACGACCCAAAGUUCUGGAAGAAGCUAACUGAGACGAUGAAGCACAAUCAGCAAACCAGCAAAGAGGCCCUGGAGAUUAUGAAAUGGCUCUUCAACCAAACUGGAGGUCUUCACAUCGGCCAGGUUACAGCUGGCUGUGAGUGGGACGAUGAAACUGGCGAAGUCAACAGAUUUGACAAGUAUUGUUAUGACGGAGAAGAUUUCCUCUGGUUGGACCCGAAGACAAACACGUGGAUCUGUCCUCGACUCCAGGGCGUCUUCACCAAACGCAAGCUGAACCACAAAAAAGCACAGCUGACGCGUCAUGAAGCCGACUUCGUAAGAGAUUGCCCUGAUCUGCUGAAGAUCUUUCUGAACUAUCGGAAGUCACUGAUGAGACAAGUGAUCCCCUCAGUGUCUCUCCUCCGGAAGACUCCGUCCUCUCCGGUUACCUGUCGUGCCACGGGCUUCUACUCCCACAGAGCCGACCUGUUCUGGACGAAAGACGGGAAGGAGCUCAAUGAGGGCGUGGUCAAAGGAGAGAUCCUCCUCAACAAUGACAGCACCUUCCAGAUGAGCGCGGAUCUGGACCUUUCCCUUGUCAAGGAGGACGACUGGUGGAGGUACAGCUGCGUGUUCCGCCUGGCUGGAGCUCAGCAGGAAAUCGUCACAAAGCUGGACAAACGUGCGAUCCCGACUGACAAUAGUGUUGGGAUUGGCAGUAUUAUUGCGAUUGUUAUCAUCGUGUUCGUCUUACUGCUCCUCAAGCCGGCCUCCGUGUUUGCACGCUACUACUUCUGGAACGCGAUCUGUUGAGGGGCAGAUUAAUCUUCAUCAGGGGAAGAUCCAGCUGGGGAGAAAAUGACUGCUGGCUCUACUGAGAGGUGGAGAAAGAGCGUCACCUGCUGGAGGUGGACUGUCACUGCAGCAGCCUGACCCCCCCCCCCCCCCCCCCCCCCCACACACACACACACACACACACACACACACGCACACACACACACCCUUGCUUAUAAUCUUUUAUUGUCGUCAUGUUCUUAUACAACCUUGCUUCCUUGCUCGGCAGAGUCAAUUAAAGUCAAGGCAAAGACACGAUCAUAGAGUUUUAAUAGUUUCUGUUUGUCUGCAACCGUUUUCCCCCCUUCUGAUUUGCACACUGAUCAGGACACACUGGAGGUUUCACCUGUUUGUUCUCGGUGUUUACUCAGGAUCCAAGUCACAGCUGCAAUGAUUUUGCGCUCUUUGUAUCUCCAAAACAGCAAAUGAUGUAAAAAGAGGAAUUUUCAGGUGCUAUCCACUUUCAGGACAUUUCAAAUGUUUGUAUUCCUACGGCCAUUCCAUAUGUUAUUUCAUCGAUAAACAUGAACAAUUAACCACAAACUACUAUGACUGCUACUGAAAAGUGGGAUGGGAUUUUUUUUUAAAUCUGUUACUUGUGAGAAAACAGUUGAAAGUUCACUGUGAGGAUGACAAAGAGAAGCGUUCUGUCCUUUGGUUUGUCGUCUGUAGUUUAUUACUCGCUUCAUGAUCCUACAGGACGUGUGUCGUGUAUAUACUGUUUGGAACUGAUUAAAGAAGAGAAAAAAAUAGAAUUAUCUUUUACAGGAAGCAUUUUAUAUUGUUUAUACUGUCUAUGCUGUCAAACUGAAUAUAUGACACACAGUUUUAUGUAUUUGAUAAUUUUUUUUUUCUCAGUGAUCGAUCAGGAACAAUCACAGGACUUCAUCAUGUGGCCUCUGACUGAGUUCGGCUAUGAAGAGCUUAGCUUUUUGCUUUCCGGACCAAAAUCUCUCACACAGCAAUGAGUAAAAUGCAUUCCUUGUCUGUCAAAUGUAAAAAAGACAGAAGUAAUGAAGACAUCAAACGUCUAAAGGGAAACCUGUCUGCUCUGGGAAGACCAAAAUAUAUUUUAAUGCAGCUUCUGAACAAACUAAUGCAUAAAAACAUUCUUGAAUCAAAGUGUAUUUUUGUGCAGUGCAUGUACAGAUUUAUGUCAAGACAAAAUAAACUUGUUGGUUUUUGUCUCACA